AACAAAAAAUAGGCAAAAACAAUUCAAAUUUCUGAACGAAUCGUAUAUAUUCAUUUGAAAAAGAGCGCUCUGCCAAUCUUGAAAAGUAUUUCAAAAUGAAUAGGAGUGCAGCUGUUACAAGCACAAAAGGAGACAAAAAAAGUCCGUGUGUGAACCUGCACUUAGAUUUUGAUAAUUCACACGCUUAUCCGCAAUUGAACCUUUUCUAUAUUUCCACGUUCUCUGUCUGCUAUUGCUUUUGUUUGUAAUUUUGACUUUUGAGUCAGUUGAGUAAUGGAAGUGCAGUUUAGUGAUAAAUUUAUCCCUGUACUGACCUCAAGUUAAAUUACGUACGGCGAUGAUCGAAAAGUGGUAUAUCCAUUUUUGGUAGAGAAUUGUUUUAUUAAGACUAAUCGUUGACUAAAUAUCUCAAUUGGGAAUGAAUUAAACGAAAAUCUUUCAUCAAAGCAACAGCUGCCGCGCGCAGGAGCAAAAUACAUCGAAUACAAUAAGUGCUGCAGUUUUGCUGAAUGCAUUACCUAGCUUUGGGUCACUCAACUAUAGCUUGCCUACAAAGGAAAAAUAAACUACGCAGAUUUUUAAUAUCAAUCAAAAUUAAGAAGUAGCGCUAUACAAAACGUUAGUCAAAGGAAAAACCGACUAAAAAAAAAUAUCCCUACUGUUCUAACAAUCGUAUCGAAAUAACGUGAUGACGGACGAGUGUAUUGCCAUAAACUACGAAUACAUAAGGAGAAAUGAAAAUACAAGCAUGUUGAUGCAAAAUAUAGAUAAAAUAGAUGCACAACCAACGGGACGAGAAAAACCCACUGGCAGUGCAAUUAAUUCAUUUGUAGUCAAUAAUGGCAGCAGUGGAGUAGGUGAAGAUGUUAGUGCAGGAUUCCACAAAUAUACUGCGUAUAUGCCUACUGAACGUCACGCUAGCCAAUAUAAUAUGAAUCAUAAGAAUCGGGGUCUUGCUCUAAUUUUUAAUCAUGAAAGUUUUGAUAUACCAUCUCUGAAACCUCGUCAAGGUACCAAUGUAGACUGUGAAAAUCUUAGUGCUGCUCUGAAGAAAUUGCAUUUCCAAGUUAACACUUUUAAAGACUGCAAAUUGAGAGAGAUUCUAAAGCAUGUGGACCAUGCUGCCUCUCAAGAUCAUACUGAUAAUGACUGCGUCGUGGUGGCCAUAUUAUCACAUGGUGAACAUGGAUAUCUGUACGCAAAGGACGUUCAAUACAAAUUAGAUACCAUUUGGCACUAUUUUUCGGCUCAUACUUGCCCCACUCUGGCCGGAAAGCCUAAAUUAUUUUUUAUUCAAGCUUGUCAAGGCGACCAUUUUGAUCCUGGGGUUUUGAUGUGUAGAACCGAAACUGAUGGCGAAACAUCAAUGAGUUACAAAAUUCCUGUACACGCUGAUUUUCUCAUUGCCUAUUCUACCAUACCUGGCUUCUACUCAUGGCGCAAUACCACUAAUGGCUCGUGGUUUAUGCAAUCACUAGUGGAAGAGCUGAAUAACAAUGGCAAAAAACAUGAUAUACUGACAUUACUAACAUUCGUUAAUCGGCGUGUUGCUGUCGAUUUUGAAUCAUGCGUUCCAGAUUGUCCGAUAAUGCAUCAGCAGAAACAAAUUCCAUGUGUUACUUCGAUGUUAACGCGUAUAUUGCGCUUCACAGACAAACCAUCUAAAACCACAUAAAUUACACAUUAACAUUUGGACAUCUGCUGCAAAUAGCGGAGUGUGCAUCUCGAUUAAAAGAAGAAAAGUAUUUUUGUAGUAAUGUACAGAUGUUACAUUACUUUCGAACUGAAAGAAGUGGAUACAUACAUAAUCAUUAAGCAAUCAUUAAUUUAUGCAACUGCAUACAAACACCUCAAGAGUGUAUUAAAAUGCAGAGACUGAACUGCUUCCCAUAUUCAUUGCUUUAAUUUUGCCAUUUAUUGAAAUUUAUUGUAUUUUGAAUAGCAUACAAAUGAGAGUAAUUGUAUUUUUAAUAUAAGAUUGAAUUGACUUGAAUUAAGUAACGGUGUUUUAGCUAUGCAAAAGUUUAGUUGAUCCGUUUGAUAGCAAUAUUUUAUGGGUGUGCGUCUUUGAUACAGAGCAAAUUAUUGAAUGGUAAAAUAUAAAAUGGCUAAGAUUGGCAAAAUAUAAUUUUUUUAAUGUAUUAAAAAAAAAUUUUACCAAGGUUUGCGUAUGAGUGCCACUUUGUUUGGAAGUGUUUAAGUGGUCUCAGAAAGCUCUGUUCCUCACGUACGAUGACCUAUUCAUGUCUCGGCUGCUAUAUUUACCACUUCGUAUCUCUGGAUUGAAACUGAUUUGCAAUUUUUAGCAUAUUCAUCAAAAUAUUCAAUAUAUAAAUAUGUUUUGUUUUCAAAAUAGUAACUUAAAGCGCGCAUGUUCUGCAUUUUAUACUUCUAUGAAGUUGUUUUACACUAGCACAGAUCAAAACAAAUCUAGUUAUUUAGAAACAAACCAAAGGCUCUAGCUAUGAUUCCGAAAAAUAUAUUUUGCGUACCUAUGAUGUUCGCUUGUUCACUUUAUUGAAAAAUAGAUUACUUACUUCAAUAGAAGCAACUGCCAUUAUUUCCACCGACAGUGGGAGUAAUGAUUUAACUGGAGCGUCCUUCGCGUAAAUGUUAGUUAGAUCGUCUACUCCUUGAGUAAGGCAGAAGCGACAAAUGGCUUUUGUUUUUAACUCUGCUGUUAGAGCUUCUCGUUGCACCUCACUGGUUGCCAUUGUUGUAAUACAAUUUUACUGAACUUCACAGGAUUAACUUUUAAAGAAAGUGAUAUUUCGAACAAAUUAUUUACAAAUUAAUGCAAUUUUUGUUCAUUCACAAAAAUGGUGGAUGUUGGCUUAGAUGCAAAAACUUGUCAAAGUGUGGCAUUUCGAAAAGUCUUCGAAAAUAUUCGUAGACACAAAAUUUCGAUAAUAUGAGUUUAAAUCAUUACUAUUUUCUAAAUUAUCUGUUGUAUUAAUAUGCAUAACGUUGUACAACAUUUAAUAUCUCAAAAGAAUUUUGAAAUUCAAAUUACAAACUGUUGUAUUAAAAAGUUUAAAUUUUAAAGUAAAUAUUAUUAUUCUCUGGUGUAUAAUGCUUCAUUGCACACAGCCCAAUCGAAAUGAGUUAUUUCACUCAUGGAUGGCGCUGUACUCGUUAUCCGAUACAAAUACUAAAUUGCCAAUAUAUUAAGGAAUAAAGUGCAUUAAUUUGAGGUAACUCAAGAUCUCAUAAAAUACAAUGGGACAAUACUGAUAUAAAAUACAAUGGGAUAUAUACAUAUGUAAAGUUAGCUUUUAUUAUUUUGAAUACCUUGAUAUACAACUAGCAUUAAGAAUGAUUACUUUUGAUUACACUCCUUAAAUGUAUUCCAACUGCUGAUGUUGGAAUCAACUCUGAUUGCUCGUUUGACAAUACUGCGGAUAUAUUUCUGACAUUAGAGCGGCAUUUGUUUGUUUGUUACAUUACAUAUUAGUGAAUAAUAUUAAAAUAAAAAUUCAUAAUGUACAAUGGUGAAUGUAGCAUACUUAUAAAGGAUAUUAAACCUGGAUUAAAAAACAUCAAUGUCAUUUUCAUAGUAUUAGAAAUUGGAACCGCCACUGUAACUAAAGAAAAUAGAGAGGUGCGGAAUUUUAAAGUUGGUGAUCAUUCUGCUUGCAUCAAUGUGUCCAUUUGGGAUGAGCCAGGCAAACUUAUAGCACCAGGUGAUAUCAUCAAGUUAACGAAGGGAUAUGCAUCAAUUUGGCGUCACUGUUUGACACUUUAUUCUGGAAAGAAUGGAGAAGUUUAUAAAAUAGGAGAAUUUUGUAUGACUUUCAACGAGCAAAUAAAUAUGAGUGAACCCAAACGACCCGAUCAACAGCAACAACAAUCACAGGGUCUAGCAGGUAUUGUUGGGAAUCCUCAGUUAUUGCCAAAUACAGGUGUAGCCACGGGUCCAACAGUUGGGCCAAAUACUACUAGUGUCGUGGCAUCCACGCAACAAGUGUCUCAAGCCGGCAGUAAUGGUAGUCUUGUAACUUCGAGUCAAGUAGGGCAAAGAUUGAUUGGAGCUUCUUUGGGAGGAGGCAUUCAACAAGCGGGGGGUACAACUACUGCGAAAUCAAGCAACAUUCAGCAAAUAGGACAAACACCUCAAAAACAACAGCUUACUAGCGGAUUAAGUGGCCAAAUGCCUGGUAAUACAAACGUCAGCACCUCAGUGCAACCAACAACACAAGUAGUGACUGUAGCUACUACAGGCGUUCAAUCACAAAGUAGCAAGCCAAGCCGAGGAGGACGCACUGGAGCAACACGUUCUAGUAACCUUAAGAAUGAACGCAGAUGAAAAAUACUAAUAUAUUUAUAAACGUAUUUUUAACUUCUAAACUUGCAUUCAUAUACAUAAUGAAGAACAAAGUUAAUACUUAUUCAAUAAAAUAUAGCAUAAUUUAAUUCUUAAAA